AUGCCAGUGUCCAUCACUGUUGGCGUUCCCCAGGAUCCCAUGCCAUUGAAUUCGAAUAAUGAUAUCAGCGCCAGCGAGUCAGUGGAUUACGACAGUGUGUCGCUAUCUGGUACAUUUGACGGUCCAAGUUAUGUAAACGCCAACAAUGUCUUAAAGAGCGUGAAAACAAGUCCCUUGCACAAUUUUAUAACUCACAUAGCCGAUAACAAAGAAAUUCGCAGUGGUUUCGAAUCUCAAACCGCUCCUCACACAUAG